GUCCGCCACUGCGUCUGCCUCUGGCCCGGCCGAGUGGUAGCGACGGCUACAGCGACUCGCAGCGUUCAGAACGAAUUGGCAUAGGCUGAGAAUCGGACGUGUGGCCCGUCGAUCUUGAUGCGAAUACAUCGCAGCGGUACGACAAAUACUCAUAUGUAUAAUAUUUUGUUCACUCCUGUCGGGUGUGUCUGUGUGUGUGAAAUCUGUAACUUUAAUUUAUGAUAUGGGGAGCCAUUGGAUGGCUGCACGAUAAAUUAUUCCCCAGAAUGCCAGGCAUUUUUAUCAACCAAAUUUUAAAGUCAUUUAUCAGAUGAAAGAAGGCAGAAGAAAUGCUGUGCGAUAAUUUCAAGUGGAUAUGUGGAAAUACAACAAACAACAGAAAAUCUAUCGUCUCCGAUUGCUGCGACUGCCAUCAACUGAGCCAAAAUAAAGCGCCACUAAAAUCCAACUAAUUAAUGUGAUAAUUGUGCAAAAUAGGGCGAGCAAAAAGCAACAUUAGGCACGAUGUGGAACCAAGUGGAGUGCAAUGGAUCCGCCGGGGAGGACUGCCUGUGCCAGAGAUUGCGUGGCGCGACCGAGAGAUCUCACGAAGGCGUAACAGCCCCCAGGGUCAGCCUCUCUUAUCAGUCGAGCUCCACAUUCCUGCUGCUGAUACUCUCCCUCAGCGGCACGCUGGCGGCACCACAAACCUCCUGCAUCAUGUGCGACAAGGAGGAUCUACGGCCCCGCGUGCCGCCCUACAGCGACAGCUACGAAGAGUUCACCUUCGACCAUCAGGUGUCACAGCAUGAUGCCAUGGAGGCGCUGCGCAGAUUCAACGAGACACAUGGUCUGAAGAAUGCCUGCAAUACGGUCAAGUGUGAUUCAAAUGUCUUGAAAUAUUGCCUGGGAAAUCAGUUCAUCAACGAUCAUUGCUGGUGCGAGCUGCAGCACAGAGAAGAGGGUCUGCCCUUUGUGCCACACAUAUGCUAUGCCGAUGAAAAGGUUCAUAGACCGUCCAUUGGUUCCUGUUUCCUCUUCGAUGAGGUCAAAGAAUGCUGCUGUGCACCUGCCUGGGCCAAGAAGUGGCGACACAUUUCGGGCAGUUCACGCAGCCAAAACACACCAAAAAUCCUAAUAACUUUGCUGUUUGCAUACAGUUUACUCCACUGGAUAAGCCGGAGAGGGCUAAGUUGUUAAAGCUGUGAGCAGGAGGAGGCGUGUAUGGCGUGUGUACAAUUUGUAAAAGAUAGUCAUAGUGAUGUAGGAUCUAGAUGUAGCACGAUAUUCGAAUAAGUGUACUUAGUUCAAACAAUGUCCAAUGGAAAUCAAACCUACUUGCUAAGCAUAUAUUUAAGCGUUAAUAAAUACAUUUUUAUAGA